AUAUAAACUUUACAAUUCAGAAAUAUUUCGACUAAAAUAUAUAUAAAUAUAUAUCUAUCUCAAAUUUAGUAGUGUUUUACAAAAGUGAACAAGUUUUCGGAAUAUGUAUUACGAAUUUAAAUAAAUAACGUUUACAAAGAGCUCUACCCUUUUCGUUCGAACUCUGAGCUUGAUUUGUUCUCAUAGCUAUGCACCAACAGCAACAAGAGACACCCAAGUAACAAUAAACGAGUUGAUGAUUGAUACAAAAAUAAAAAUAAAAUAAUAAAAAAAAACUAAGACGAAAACAAACGGCAAUUGUGUUAGUUUCGUUGAUGACACGCACAAUUUCGCGUGCGUUUACCUGGAAAUAUGUGACAUUGGGCAGGUAAUCCAUGGGAAUCCUUGAAGUGGAAAAAUGUGUGGCCAAUUUUAGGCUAAUGACACCAGGAAAACACUCUCGAUCUUUCGCUGCGACUGUUGUCGCUUGCCGUAAAUCUCUUUGCGCUCUCUUUUAUGGUGCAGCGAGGCACAACAUGCAGCGUCUCUUGGCUUCUGGCCUUGCCACUGCAGCUACCUGUAAGGCGGAACAAUUUUGGUCGCCAGAUGUGCGACAGAUAAAAACCACGCACUUGCCAUAGCUCAGACCAGUUACGACGCGCCAACUGACACGACAGCAACAGCAACAACAACUCGCACGCGAUCUUUAACAAAAGUAAUAAACAAAAUGCAACCCAACUGGAUACUUGGGCUGUCUCUGAUAGUGCUGGCAAUCCUUGGCUGCAGUCGAGCAGCCAGCGUAGCUCUGCAGCUGCAGAGCCCGACGAAUGUGCUGAAUGACACUCAGAUUGAAGUGCGACCGCUGACGUGGCUGCGCAGCGCCCAGGACAUGUUUGCCAGCCCGGCGGGGCAUGUGAUAGUGCAGGUGGCCAAGGAGCUGCUGCACCGCUCAGCGGGCAAUAGUCAAGUGCUCAGCUUGAACCUCACCAACUUGCUGAUCAUAGUGCUGCUCAAAGUGCUGAUCUUCUCGGCUGGCCUGCUGGGAGCGGGGCAUUGGAGCGGCAUGGGCUAUGGCCAUGGCUAUGCGCGAUCCGCGGCACACAUCGACGGCUCCUAUGGCCUGGGUCUCAGCUCCGGCGAUGAUUAUCUCAUAAUGGGCUUCUUAGCCGCCCAGGGAGCCGGUCAAGACGACUGCCUGUAUGCAGCAGCCUGCGCCUGUCCAAACGCAGCCUACGAGUACGCCAAGGCGGGUCGCGCGCUGCUGGGCGCCAUCGAGGUGUUCGAGAGCGCACCAUUGGAGAAGCCACGCUACAACGAUCUCAUCGUGCUAAUGGAACGCGCCGCCUAUGACGGCUUUCGGGGAGCCAGCUGCAACACCACCCAGUCCUGCGACGGCCUCUUAUAAAUCUCUACCACCUAAUGCA